AUGAGCAGCCAGCUCUCUAAACUUAAAUUCCGCAUUGUAUUUUGUAGCAGCGAAGAUAAUGAAUUCCCAGUAACUCAACUGUUAAACCAUGGACCACACAGCACAGGCUGACAAUCAGCCCGAUUUCAAGAUUUUCCUCAAAUAAUAAUUUUACAGUUCAUAGCUCCAGUUCGAAUCCAGCAGCUUCAAUUUUUAUCACAUCAGUCAAAAAUUGCCACAAGAAUUGAGCUUUUUACAUAUUUGCCUGAAAACCCUAGCUCAAUCCCUCCAUUAGAAAAUUUCAAAUGAAAUCGUCUUGGAUAUCUCUCAUUAGAUAAUAACGAAAAAUCAGGAUUUCAGGCACGAGAGCUAAAAUCAGUUUAUAUUGACUCCCAAGCUUUAUUUCUAAAAGUUUCUCUGAAUAAGUGCCACGUUAACAAGUAUAAUAUUUUCAACCAGGUUGGGCUAAUUGCAAUUAAUUGUUUAGGUGAAGAACUUGGUAGCAUUAAAGGACCAUCAAAAGGAAUUCAGCCUAGACUAGAAAAUGAAAUGGAAUUCGACUCAGCUACAAAUGACAGGCUUAAACAAUUAUAUGAAGCUAAAGAUAGAGCUAUUGAAAACGAAGAUUUUGAUGAAGCUAAACGAAUUAAAGACGCCAUUGAAAGACUAAAGUCGGUUGGAUAUGAACUUUUGAUGCUAGAAGACAGAAAAAGAAAUGCAAUUGCAAGUGAAGAUUAUGAUGGGGCAAAAAUUUUGAAAAUUGAAAUAGAAAGAAUGAGAAAUGCCGUUUUGCCUCCAAUGCCUGAUACUUAUUUUGCACCAGUACAGCAGAGCUCGCAUAGACCGUUUUCAGGUGGUCCUCAGCCUUUAGGUAUAGGAGGCCGCCCUUCAUCAAGGCCUCAACCUUCUCAAUUUCCUCCUCCUCAACAGAUAGGCAGCAUGCCUGACUAUGAUCCUUUUGAACGAAGAACCAACCAGCUCUUGCCUGAGCCCAAAUCCAAAGUAUCCCACGAUGAACAAGUAAUCCCUACAAUGAGCAACGGCAGAGCCCCAGGACAAAUUUUUGGCGGCGAAGAAGAAGAAAAUUUGCCUCCUAAUCUUGAUAACCCUCCAGAGCCUUUAGGUGUCCAACAGUCUAAAUUUGCCGACCCGCUGCUCCCUAUACUAGGGGAAGAUCUUUGCAGAAGAAUUUUUUCUAAAGCUUGGCAGUUUCGAGAGGAUGGGCUUGGGAUAAUCCAAAAUGAAGUUUCUCAAGGGUCUUCAAGCCAGAUUUUUGGAGGCUCUGAUAACUCAAACAUAUAUUCAGGAGUUCUCGGAGCUGUUAGAUACACAGUAGGUGACAAAGUUGCCCAAGUCUCUUUAAAAUCAAUGGGUCUUAUAAAUACUUUACUUAACAGUAUCGCUCCAACACGUGCAGUUGUAAGAGGUGAUGUCCCUGAGCAUAUACAAAGUAUCCUUAGCUCACUUCUAGAUAAAGUUGGAGAUAAUAAUGCAAGGGUAAGAGAAAGCGCUGAACAAACCUUUAUAUCACUUACAAGAAGUGAUGUGGUAGGAGUAGGCCCAGCUGUACAAAGCAUUUUGAAGCCUAUGAAAGAUAAAUCAACAUCGCAAAAGCAUAUAAUUGGGAGACUUAAUUUGUUGGAUAAUAUUGUAAAAGAGUUCCAAAUUGAUAACUCCUAUGUACCAUUUCAGCCUGUAGCUGAAUAUGCACUUAAUGGGUUUAAAAAUACUAGCCAAGAUGUAAGAAAUGCAGCGUUUAAUUUGCUUAUGUCGAUUUAUGCAUGUAUAGGACAAAAACUUCAGCCUUAUUUGUCAGAUUUAAGACCAGCACAGCUAGAAAUGCUGGAAAAAGGGAUGCAGGAUAUUGAUGGAGGGAACGCUCCUAAUAUAAUGGUGUCCCAGCCACCUCCCAGGCAGCAGCCUAUUAAUGCUCCUAAAAGAAAGUCUACAAAUCCUCCAGCUGCUAUGCCAUUUUGCCAGUUCUGUGGGAAAAAAGAUACGAUUUUUGCGAAUGAGGACAAUUUAGAUAUCCACUACUGAAAAGAUUGCCCUAUGCUGGUGUCUUGUCCAUAUUGCAGUCAAGUUAUAGAAAUCUUUGAUUUAAAUAGCCAUUUAAUGAAAGAAUGCGAUCUAAAAAGCGUAAUGUCACAAUGCCCAAGGUGCAAAGAAGCGAUUCAUGCUGAUGAAUUUGAGCAGCAUGUCGAAGAGCAGUCAUGCUAUGCAGCGAAACCUCCAAAAAUUGCGACAAGAUGUCCGCUAUGCCACGAAGAUGUAGAGCCAGGUAUCGAAGGAUGGAAAAACCAUAUUUUGACUCAAGGAUGUCCAAAUAAUGAUAGAAGCAAUAUCUAG